GGAUCCGUUCAAGCUGGGGUAUUUAAAUAAAAAAAGGAUAAUAUGACACGGCAAUGGCUGGCUCUUCUAUGAUCUAUUUAUAAACUAUCCACGUAAAACAUCCUUCUAAAUAGAAUUUCUGAGGAUUCUGUGGACGCCAUACAAGUUUUGAGGAACAAAUCCUGGUAGUCUCGAAUACACAGUAGAAGUGAGGAUAUACCAAGCAAGGUGUUCAUAAGGCACCUGUCAUCAUGGUGUGUUCCGAUGAAAAAUGGGGCCCUAUAUUCCUGAAGGUCAUCAACGUCAUCUUUAUAAUCUUCUCCCUGGCCCUUAUCAUACCCGGGAUCAUGGUACUGGCAAAUGUUGACCUGAUCAACGAUAACAUCCUCCCCCUGAUGAAACAGCUGACGUACGGAGGGUAUAACCUGGGGGACGUGGCCACAAGUCUGUCUGUGUCUCUUAUAGUGGUGGGCGCAAUCGUUCUCAUCAUAGCCAGCCUGGGCGCCAUUGGAGCCUUUUGUAACAGACCAGCCUGUCUGGACAUUUACGCAGGCAUUGUUCUGAUUUUGUUCGUUGGGAAGCUGUUUGCAGUAUUUCUGUGGUUUGAUAUGAAUGCUAAACUUCAGUCGUUUAUCAGGACACAGCUUCUGUCAGUACUACAGUCCAACUACGCCGCAGACGAUUUAUCCACCGACCAGAUCUCCACAGCGUUUAACUACCUGUUUAUGUCGAUGUCCUGUUGUGCUGUAAAUGCAUUGAAUGGAACUGUAAAUGAUUUUGACCAGACACCCUGGAUAACCGGUGGAUCAGCCGGAAGUAAAGAAAUCCCCACGUUCUGUUGUCAGGGGGUCACACCAGAAACCUUCUCCACAUAUAACGACACAACAUGUACUGUCGACGUCACAGCUAAUUACUACACAACAGGAUGCUACGAUGCAGUGUACAAUGUACUAAACAGCUACUCAAUAGCAUUCAUAGUGAUUGGGAUAACUAUCCUGGUGAUAGAAGCGCUUGCUGUUGUUACAGCGACAAACUACAUGCAUUACAAGACAAAGCAAGAAGAGAAACAAAGAAGAAAAAGAAAUAAGGAAAAGGCAUAAAAGAGUCAUGUGACUCAAUCCAAAGAUGGCGACUCCACAAAUGUCAUCUCUUAACAGAAUCGAAGAGAAAUUCUGCUGAUGUGAUGCCAAAUAAAGCAUUUCAGUGGAUUAACCUAGGUGCUUUUCUGCCAUAUAUGUACUAUUUGUAUAUCUGUAAAUAAUUAUUCAGGAAUUUCAUAUUUUUUAAUUCAUUGUUGUAAUUGUUAAC